AUGCCGCACGUCUCAGCAGAGUUGGCACGCAAACUGCGCGCAGCUGGCCAAGGCCACGUGCUCAAGUUCGAUGACGCGGGUGACCUUUCGGCUCUCGAGGCGCAGAGACUGUCGGAAGAGCUCGAAGAACUCGAUCUGGAGCGCCUGCAGCGCAUGUUCCAAGCGUCGACGCAAGUAAAGGUGGUUGAAAAGGGAAAUAUUGAGCCUCUGGUGGACUACGAUCUGCUGGAACAAUGUUCGGGUGAGGACAAACAGCGAUGGGUACACCUCGGCAUGGAAGCAAUCAGUCGAGGACAAGUGUGUGCUUUGGUGUUGAGUGGCGGUCAAGGCACGCGACUUGGCUUUGCGGGUCCCAAAGGCAUGUACGACAUUGGACUACCGUCGGGGAAGUGUCUUUUCCAGCUGUUUGCUGAGAGGCUGUUGGCUCUGGAGCUUCUAGCAGCAAAGCAGUUCCCGACACGUCUCCGAAGUGAGAUUCGACUUCCAUUCUUCGUGAUGACCAGCAAGAUGAAUCACGACACGACUGUCGCGUACUUUCGAAAGCAUGACUUCUUUGGACUGAACGAGUCGCAGAUGUUUUUCUUUUCACAAGGCACUCUGCCGUGCUUUACGAUCGAUGGAAAACUGAUUCUGGAGAGUGCGUGUAAGCUGGCGACAGCGUCGGACGGUAAUGGUGGCGUCUACAAAGCUCUUCAGUCUAGUGGAGCGCUUGCUGAACUGCAAACGCGUGGUGUGAAGUACUUGCACGUCUUCUCUGUGGACAAUGCAUUGUGCAAGGCGGCCGAUCCGACUUUUAUCGGGUACUGCAUCGACAAGCAAGCUGAUUGUGGUAACAAGGUGGUCUGGAAGACGCGACCCGAUGACUGCGUCGGUGUCUUGGCAAAACGAAAUGACCGUUUCUGCGUCAUCGAGUACUCGGAGAUUGACCGUGACAUGGCCGAGCGUGUGGAUCCUCGCACAGGCAAGUUGGUGUUCGGAGCAGCCAACAUUUGCAAUCACUUCUACACGAUUGAUUUCUUGGUGCGCGUGGUGCUCCCAGCAUCGAGUCUCCAGUACCACGUGGCUCACAAAAAGGUGCCUAUGGCUGACGAUACCGGAGCAACGUAUGCUCCUACGAGCAACUCGGGCAUCAAACUGGAGGCUUUCAUUUUCGACGUCUUCCCGCUAUCGUCGCGCAUGGCGGUGCUUUCUGUGCCUCGCGAGACUGAGUUUGCGCCGGUCAAAAACCCUCCUGGAGACCCUAUUGACUCGCCUGACAGUGCUCGUCAACUGAUGCACGAUGGAGGGAAAGCGUGGCUACUCGCAGCGGCUACCGCGACUCUGACUGCCCGCGAGGCUGACAAGUUUGCGCACGAGGUGUUGGACAAAUCUGGAUACAUUGAGAUCUCGCCACUGGUCUCGUAUAGCGGUGAAGGAUUAGAGGUGUGUGUGAAAUCCCUGAUGGAGGAGGGUGUACCUCAGCAGAUCAUUCGGCUGGAGACGAACUCAACACCCUGA